CUAGUCGAGAUUAAUUUAGGAGACAAUCAGUUGCAAGGCCAUCUUCCCAAGUCAAUUCAGAACCUUGUGAACCUAGACACGCUUGAUCUUUCAUCAAAUAAUUUUAGUGGUCAUGUGGAUGUCAGCUUCUUUUCAAAUCUGAAGCAUCUUCGAGUUCUUGAUCUUUCACAUAAUCGUAACUCAUUGACCAAUGAGAACAAAGUCAAAGUUUCUUUGCCCAAAUCUCUUGAGUACUUACGAUUGGCGGCAUGUGAAGUAAAAGAUUUGGAGUUUCUAAGAUCCGUAACGAAUAUUCAGGUGUUAGAUCUUUCAUCAAAUAAUUUUUGUGGCGAUGUGGAUGUCAGCUUCUAGACCUCAAAAAUCUUCCGUUGCAAGAUCUUUCAUAUAAUAGUAUCUCGUUGACCAAUGAGAACCAAAAUAAAUUUACUUGGCCAGAGUCUCUUGAGUUCUUACGGUUAGCCUCAUGUGAGAUGUGCAAAGUAUCUUUCACAGUUGGACCUUUCAAAUAAUAGGAUUCAAGGAAAAAUUCCAGACUGGGCAUGGUCUAACUGGAUGUUUUCAUUGCGGCGUCUUAAUUUAUCCCACAACAUGCUGGUAGGUGUGGAUUCACUUCCUUUUCAAUCUGUAGAUGUUAUUGAUUUACGGUCCAAUUUUCUUCAAGGCUCACUACCUAUUCCGCAAAAUUCCAUAAGAUACUUCUUCUAUCCGAAAGUAAUCUCACUGAGGAAAUUCCUUCAUCUAUUUGUAAUUUGACAUCAUUACAAAUCCUAGAUUUGGCGAAAAAUAAUUUGAUGGGAGAAAUUCCACAAUGUUUGGGUAAUAUCAGUAGCCUUGAGGUUUUGGAUAUGCACCAGAACAAUCUUUCUGGGACAAUUCUAACAACUUCUAGCAUUGGAAGUUCACUUAGAAGCCUCAACUUGCAUGACAAUAAGCUACCGGGGAAACUCCCACGAUCUUUGGCCAAUUGCAAAGAGUUGCAAGUUCUUGAUUUAGGAGAUAAUCACCUUAAAGACACAUUCCCCAUAGGGUUGGCAACUCUGCCGAAGCUGCGAGUUUUAAGCUUGAGAUCAAAUAAAUUGCAUGGACCAAUCAGAACAUCAAGGAUGAAGAACUUGUUUCCUGAGCUUCGAAUCUUAGAUCUCUCUUACAAUGCCUUCAUAGAAAACUUGCCGACAAGUCUCUUUCAACAGUUGAAAGCCAUGAGGACCAUUGAUCAAACAAUGAAGGCACCGACAUAUCUUGGAGAUGAGUACUACCAAGAUUCUCUAACAAUUGCAACAAAGGGACUCGAGCUUGAACUUGUCAGAAUUUUGACUAUUUACACGACCAUUGAUCUUUCAAGCAACAAAUUUGAAGGACAAAUUCCAAAUAUCACGGGAGAUCUCAUUGCACUUCGCGUGUUGAAUCUAAGUCAUAAUCGAUUGCAAGGUCAUAUACCACCAUCACUCGGAGAUUCAUCUUCAAUUGAAUCAUUGGACCUUUCAGUUAACCAGCUUUCAGGAGACAUACCAGAACAACUUGCUUCUCUUACAUAUCUUGAGUUCUUAAAUCUCUCCGACAAUCAUCUCCAAGGAUGCAUCCCUCAAGGACGUCAAUUUGCUACAUUUGAGAACAACUCAUAUGAAGGCAAUGAUGGAUUACGUGGAUUCCCUAUUUUGGAAGGUUGUGGAAGUAGCGGGAUGCCUGAGACAAACAACACGACACAUGUCCUGGAUCAAGAAAGCAAUUCUACAUUUCUAAGUGAAUUUGGGAAGGCGGUCCUUAUGGGAUAUGGGAAAGGACUUAUUAUUGGAUUCUCCAUAGCGUAUUUCAUACUUUCGAGUCGAAAUUUUAAUUGGAUUGUCGAAGAACUAGAAUACAUAAUUAUUAUGAGAAGGCGAAAGAAGCAGCGAGCCAUCAAAGGCACUACAGAAGAUGAAAUAAUUGUGUCUAGAAGAGUUAAAAUUUCAGGUAUUCAAGUUAUAUUCUACAUUGAUCUUUAG